AUGCUCGAAGCACGAGAAGCAUGUUCCGGGGCGUCUGGGCGCAAUGGCGGUCAUAUCAAGCCUGAUGUGUAUUACAAUAUCCUGAAGUACACCGAGAAAUAUGGAGCGGCCCAUGCAGCCGCUUUUGCUCGCUUCGAGGCGGCGAAUGUGCUUGCGGUAAAGGAGUUAGUAGACCGGGAGAGGAUCGAUUGUGACUUCGUCCUAACGAGGGCUCUUGAUGUGUACCUGGACGAGGCACACGCCAGAUCAACGUAUGCUGCGUAUCAGGAGCUACGAAGAAUCGGGGUCGCCGACCUGGGUGAUGUUCAUUACAUGGAAGGUCCGGAUGCUGAAGCUAUGUCGGGAGUAAGAGAUGCCAAGUGCUGUUUCUCUUUCACUGCGGCGCAGCUAUGGCCCUACAAGCUCGUCAUGAGCCUGCUCUCCAAGAUUGUGGCCAAAGGUAUCAACCUACAAACCGGCACACCUGUCACUACCGUCUCGCCCAAGCCAGACCCAGCUGGACGCUGGACAGUCACCACUCCACGCGGCCCCAUACUGGCGAAGAAGAUCAUGUUCGCGACAAAUGGCUACACUGCAGCUAUAGCCCCACAGUUCGAGCAAAAGGUCAUUCCUGUCCGGGGAAUAUGCAGCCGCAUCGUCCCCACAAAGCCAGAGAACACCUCUCGCCUAGUCCACACCUACUCUCUUCGCUACGGCCCUGCAUUAUACGACUAUAUGAUCCCGCGCCUCGACAAGUCGAUCGUUAUCGGCGGCGCAAAACAACCUUUCUGGCACGACAAGUCACACUGGUACGGCGUUACGGACGAUAGCAAACUCAUCGAGCCCGCCGCCACAUACUUUGACGGGCUGAUGCAACGCCACUUCAGCGGCUGGGAAGAUUCUGGUGCAUACACGGACAAUGUGUGGACUGGCAUCAUGGGGUGGACGUCCGACUCCAUGCCGUAUAUCGGCGAGGUGCCCGGCAAGAAGGGCCAGUAUAUUGCAGCGGGCUUCAACGGCCAUGGAAUGCCUCUGAUACACUUAGCUUCGAAAUUCUUAGCUGAGAUUAUCAGGGAAGAAAAGACGUUUGAGGAGACGGAAUUGCCGGCGGUCUUCAAGGCCACAAUAGAGAGGCUGCAGAGCACCAAGAACGACAUUCUUGGCAUAUAG